UUCCCAUACAAUUUCAAUUGCCUGCAUUCACAUUUUCACAGUAAUUUUACUGAAAACAUAGCUAUCCACAACCCCUUCUCACUAAUUAUCUCAUGCAGCUCCAGUCUAUAUAUACCCACUUUCCACAUACUGGGAUUAUCAUCAUUUCCAGAAACGAAAAAAAAAAAUAAUAAAUCAAAGUUUCUGUAGCAUCCCUUUUUCAGACAAUGGAGAUUGAAAUUGAAGUGGUCUCCAACGAAACCAUCAAGCCCUCCUCUCCAACCCCGGAAUCACUGCGAAAAUACCAGCUUUCGUUUCUUGAUCAGAUUGCCCCUCCUAUUUUCAUGCCCCUGGUUUAUUUCUACCCAGCCGAUGCCAAAUUCUCCAGCCCUGAAAAAUCAAACCAUCUAAAGAAGUCUUUAUCUCAAGUAUUGUCAAGAUUCUAUCCCCUGGCAGGCCAACUCAUUGAUGAUCUAUAUGUCGACUGCAACGAUGAGGGGGCGCCCUACGUCGAGGCUGUAGCUAAUUGCAGUCUUUCACAAGUCGUCACGAAUCCAAUCCCUAAGAACAUGGACAAAUUUCUCCCGUACAAGGUGGAUGAAGUGCAAAAUCUUGGCAUGGCUGUUCAAGUUACUUAUUUCCAGUGCGGUGGGACUGCAGUUGGGGUACUCAUAUCGCACAAGAUUGCUGAUGCAUUAUCGUUAUUCCUGGUGGCCAACACGUGGGCUGCUGUUGCACGAAAUGGGAACUAUGACGACGUGCCCAGCCCCAAGUUCGAGGGGGCCAAGAUUUUCCCGCCGCGGGAUGCUGCCGGGUUCAAGCCAAGUACAGGAAUUGUGAAAGAACAACUUGUCACCAAAAUCUUUACGUUCCCCGCCUCCAAAAUCUCCGCCCUCCAGGAAAGAUACUCUGGCGGGACCGCGGAAUUACCACAACGGCGGCCAAGCCGGGUGGAGGCCUUGUCAGCUUUUAUAUGGACCCGAUUCAUAUCCGCCACACAAAUGAAAGCAGACCCGAACAAGAUCUACACUGUGCACCAUGCAGUAAACCUUAGAACUCGCCUGGAUCCGCCGUUGUCUGAGUACCAUUUCGGCAACAUAAGCCGGCUGGCAAUAGCCAUGCCAUCUGUGGGAGUCGACGGCGGCUCUGAGCUAUUGCAGAAAGUAAGGGAAGCCAUAAGGGCCGUGGACGGUGAAUACGUGGCUCAGCUGCGGCAGGGGGAUAAGCAUUUGAAUUUUCUUAAGGAGAGAAUGGCUCAGGCUAAUAAAGGCGAACUGGUCACGUUUAACUUCACCAGCUUGUGUAGGUUUCCGUUGUACGAAGCGGAUUUCGGGUGGGGAAAGCCAGUUUGGGUGGGGUCAGCCGGGCUGGUGUACAAGAAUCUGGUAACUUUCAUUGAUACAGCGGCGGGGAAUGGAAUAGAGGCAUGGAUUAAUUUGAAGAAAGAGGAUAUGGAGAAGUUUGAAGCUGAUUUAGAGCUGCAAGAGUUUCUUUAAAAGCCAAGAGCCUUGGAAUUCACAACUCGCAGAUUGUAGCUUGAUUUCAUGCGUGUUGAUGAAUAUUAUGGAAGUAGUUGCAAUAGUUGUACGUACUUCUGGAACAACGAUAGUCUGUAUAAAAAAUUGUAGUUUGAUAUAAAUAAUUAAUUAUUUAA